AUGGACCAUCGGAUUCCUCGUAUCCUGAGGAACCUCAGACUAGUGCGGGACCGGGCCGGGCCUUCCAACGAGGGAAGAGCUUCUCCUGUACUGAGUGCGGGAAGGGUUUCCAUUAUAAAUCUCAUCUUAAUAUCCAUAAAAAGAUCUCACACAGGGAAGAAGCUGUUUUCCUGUCCUGAGUGCGAGAAAAUGUAUUUUUCAUGUAAGUCCAACCUUUCAACACAUCAGAGAUCUCACACAGGGAGAAAACCAUAUUCCUGUCCUGAGUGCUGA